AUGGCUUCCAAAAUCGGUGCCUGCACAGCAGUCCUCUUGCUGAGCCUGCUGUUCUUUACCUCGGUUUCUGCCCAAAGGAGGAUCAGGAGACGACCUCCCCCGCCGCCGCCACCUCCUUCUCCGCCGCCACCACCUCCUUCUCCGCCGCCACCACCUCCUUCUCCGCCACCUCCGCCUUUUUUUCCAUUUCGGUCCUGCCGCGCUCAGGCCGCAAGAUUGAGCGUGUGCUCCUCCGUGGUUAGGGGUUUGAAGCUCGGGUUUCUGCCCCCCAGGUUUCCUUGUUGCCGUGUCGUCCGCCAACUUUCUGAUCAACAGGCCACGACGUGCCUCUGUUACGCCGCCAGAUUCGGGUUCCUCGGUCUUAGAGUCCGCAUCCCCGGUGACCUUGUUCAGCUGCUCUUCUACUGCGGCAGGCCGGUGCCUUCUGGAUUCACAUGCAGUUAA